AUGAUCAUCGCAAACGCAACGGCGUUGAACUUCACCGUAAUUUGUAUGAAAAAAGAGGAAAGUCAUGGACUAUUAAGUAGUGAGACAAUUAUAAAUGGACUGAAUAGUAGUGUAAAUAGCCAUGAAAAGGCAAUGUUUACGGCGAAGGAGAACAGUUGGCUCUUCAGUUCGAUCGCGAUGGGAUCUUUGUUGGGGACAUUGCCGAUCGCCAAAUUGAAUCUAAAAUACGGAGCGAGGUAAGAAAUACUAAAGAAAUAUGAGUUAUUGUCAAAAGAUGUUUCUCAAGUAAAAAAAAUUUUGUCAAAAAAUGGAAAAUUAAAAAUUUUUUAUGCUUUAGGUCCUCAUAAUUCGGUUGUUUCUGCACAACGCGAUCUAAAACUUUAGAAUUUUCUAAUUUAAGCAUACAUUUACGUUUCUGCCCAAUUUUGGCAAAAUCCAAGAACUUUCUUUGGGUUACUGUAAUUUUUCAUCAAAAAAAUUUGCUUGCCAAUGACGUGUUAGGCCUUCUACUAGCGGUAAACCAUCUAAUUUUCUAAUUUCAGAAAGAUUUUCACUACCUAUGGAGCGAUCUCAGCCAUCAGCACCUUGAUCCUCCCUUUUGUUGCCCAUUAUGGAUUCUAUCCCGUUUUGGCGUCAAGAUUUCUUGUUGUAAGUUACUAAUUAUUUCAGUUUACCUUAAGCUUCACGUUAUUAUAAAGAGACAGCAGGCACUCACGUAUUUUAAAACUCUCUAAAGCACGGAUUUUAGGGCAUCUCCUUCGCCAUUACUCUGCCCGCGACUGGAAUUGUGGUCGCUGAUUGGGCGACGCUAAAACGCUCUGGAACUUAUGUCGCGUUACUGUCGAUGCAUUUACAGCUGGGCACGGUGAUUGCAAUGCCAUUGUCGGGCUUCCUUUGCGAGAGUCCGCUCGGAUGGCCAAUGGUUUACUUUGUGUUGGGUGGAAUUACGGUCAUCAGUUUUGUCGUGUUUUAUACGUUUUAUCGAGAUUCACCGGAGAUGCAUCGGUAGGUCAAAAAAGUCAUCAAAAAUUUGUCUUUGAAAAUUGUUAUGAUUUGUACUUCAAGCAGCUGUAGGCACCGCCAGAUUACUAUCAAUUUUCCAAAGAUUUACAAUUAUUUUUUUCAGGAACGUCUCCCUCAGAGAGCUCGCCAAGAUCCAACGAGGCAAAGUGAAAUGCUCCAAAGAGCAGUGCCAAACAGAGAAGAUCCCCUACGGCAAGAUCUUCAAAGACCCCGCCGUAAUCGGCACUCAGAUUUGCGCUCUCGGCUCUCGGGUCGGGUUCCAGAUCUUCGCUCUCUACGGUCCGCUGUAUUUGAACAAGGUCCUCCAUCUAAAUGUUCAUCAUACCGGCGCUCUGGCCGCUUUGCCCUCAUUGUUGGCGUUGAUUGUGAAGUUCUUUGUGGGCCCACUGAGUGACAAGAUGACUUGUAUUUCGCACAAGUCGAGAGUGCAACUUUUCGCAACGCUGUCGCAGUUUGGCAUGGCCGCAUGCUUUAUUGGGCUGGCGUUUUUGCAGAGUGGGAACACAAUUCUGGCACAGGCGUUGUUUACUGGUAAGUAAGAUGUUUUUACGAUUAGUUUUUAUUCAUCGAAUAAGUCAAAAGCUGUGAAAAUCGAAAAAUCAUAAAGUCAAGUUUUCGUGUUGGGACCAUUUUGAAGUUGAAAUGAUUUUAAAAAACACGUAAAAAUCUGUGUUUACAGAUCUAAAUAGCUUAUGGAAACAAAGAUUACAUCAUCCCUACAACUUCUAAGGCCUUUUCGAGAUUUUUUGACCAGUCAUUUGAGUUCCACCACGAAAACCCUGAGAAUCAGGAUCACCCUGCAAAUCUCGAAAAACAAUCCAAGACUGAUCUCUAAAUUACAAAAUAACGUUUAUUACACAAACACUCAAAAAGCAAUUUAACGCCGCUCUCUUUGAUCCCGUGACUUGAUUUGUAACCCAGUCAAUAGCAAUGUUCCGAGUGCAAAAGUGCGACGGAAGGGGGGAAUUACAGCCAACUGUGGUCACUGCUCCAUUCCGAAAACAAGCUGAUGUGAUGAACUCACAAAUCAUCGUUGUUUUUGGGAAGAAAGGGCAAUAGUAUUGAGAUUUACUUCAAAAUUACUGCAUGACUUUUAAAAAAUCAGGUGUUUUUUGAAUGUAAAACUUGAUCAAAAUUGAAAUCGCCAGACAUUAGACUGUUUUGGAACAGUCUAAUGUCUGCUUUGGAACAGCAGAUUGAUUACUUUCGACUUUCGAGAAAAUCGAGGUUUUCGUGGUGGGACCUAAAAAUUGAAAACUAAACUCAAAAUUUUUGUGCCAAACCAGUCCAUGUGGUUUUAAAAUGCAUACAAGACUUGCAAUUUAUAUCGUUUUUUCAGGAGUGACCGUAUUCAACGGGAUAAAUGCGGUCGGUGCGACCAAAUCCAGCCAACUCAUUGCCGGUCGGUUCGCCUCCGUUUUGAUGUCGUUCCAAUCGUACAUCAACUCAGCCGUCGUCCUCCUGGUACCUCAUAUUAUCGGGUUUGUCGCGCCAUACGGUCACGCGCAAGGCUGGAAGUGGAUCCUCCUCUCUGUUGGUGGUUUAGUCAUCGUAUGUGUUCUCAUAUUCGAUGCUACCGCCAAAGCGGAGACCCGUAGUUGGGCCAGGGAGUUGCCCAUGAUCCGGAAGUGUGGCCAAUGCAUUGAGGUGCCAGUGGAGCCGAGAACCGGUCGAAGGGGAAGUGCCAUCAGUACGACGACCAUCAUGAGUAUGGUGGAUAGUGAUGAGGAAUGA